UGGUAUGUGUCCCCCAUGGGGACCCCAGUUGGAAGCACCCUUUGUUCUGAAGAGCCUCUCCCUUCAAAACACUCCUGCCAAAGUCAUAAAAAAAAAAAAAUGUUGGCCAGCUCCUCCCCCACCCGUCCCUCUCUGCGGGCUGCCUUUCAGAGGUGACCUUUUAAAGCAGAGGCCAGCGGAGAGCCGCUGUAAACUAACGUUCUCUUUUCUUAACAAAGAGAAAAGACGGCACGCCAGAAUUUUAGGAGAGUUCCUGGAUAAACGCGAGGACACUGUUUCAAUCCCUGCGAUUAAGACUGGCCACUGGGGAGGCUUAAGGGCUUUCAGCCUAUGUUCUGUUAACAAAUUGUUUCAUUCCUUGGACCAUCUGAAGUACCUACAGGGGAUUAUUUGAAAUGCGCUCUAUAAACCAUGGCAAGAUAAGGCAUGGCAGCCUUCUGCUUUGAUGUAGAGGUGGCUGUGGUUAUGUCACAUUUUUAUUUCAGUUGGUAAUGUUGGCUCUGCGUUUGCUAACAAUGUUUGCCUACCGAGCCACUGUAUCUGAUAGCUAGAGUAUAAAUAUAUGUCUGAGUGAUAAAGUACUAAAAUAAAAUAGAGACCCCACACAUUCGGAGCAAGGAAAUACUCUAAAUAUGGAAGCUCUGUUUUAAAACAACCCAAAUCAGUUUCCAAAAAUGUGCAAACUUUGCCCUGGUUUUAAUAAAUCAACUAAUAUGGAGUUAAAAUUACAGUUGUUUUAAAAAAAAAAUCUAAAUUAAGCCUAUUAACUAGGGUAAACUAUAGCUUAUUUUUGUCCAGUGGUUCAGGUUAUAUUUUCUAAGUUAAGAAAAAAAAUCCCAUAAUGUUUUCAAAGUUGCACAAGAAGGAUGGACAUAAUUUUUUUUUCUUUUGCCUGAUAGGUAAUCUCUACACCAGACAAGUCCAAAUAGAAGGCGAAACCCUGGCUAUUCAGGUUCAAGACACUCCAGGUAUUCAGGUCCACGAGAACAGCUUGAGCGGCAACGAACAGCUGAGUAGGUGCAUUCGCUGGGCCGACGCUGUGGUCAUCGUUUUCUCCAUCACCGACUACAAGAGCUAUGAACUCAUUGGCCAGCUCCACCAGCAGGUCCAGCAGCUCCACCUGGGCACCCGGCUGCCCGUGGUGGUCGUGGCCAACAAAGCUGACCUGCUCCAUGUCAAGCAGGUGGACCCUCAGCUUGGACUGCAGCUGGCCGGCAUGCUGGGCUGCUCCUUCUAUGAAGUGUCGGUCAGCGAAAACUACAACGACGUCUACAACGCUUUCCACGUCCUGUGCAAAGAAGUGAGUCACAAGCAGCCGCCGAGCAGCACGCCCGAGAAGCGAAGAACCUCCCUCAUCCCCAGGCCCAAGUCGCCCAACAUGCAGGACCUGAAGAGGAGGUUCAAGCAAGCCCUUUCUGCCAAAGUGAGGACUGUCACCUCCGUCUGAAGCAGAGGCACGCGGGGUGUGGUCUUCCCAGGAAGAGAGUCUGAGGCUCUUCAGGUGCAGGAACGUUGAAUGCUGGGAGUAAUUCGCGGUUCCAGAAAGGGCCGGAGCAGGGAGGCCCUGAGGGCCUGUGGAACUGGUGCGGAAAAGGAAGCAUUGUUCUGAGCGGGGGACAGAACCGGUGAGGCUGAUGCCCACCAGGCCGCUCUCUGAAUAUGUGAAAUGGACUCCGUCUUGUCCUGUGGAGGGGAAGGGGCAUAAUUGCUUUGGAUUUUGUCCUUAAUGCCUUGUAAAUGAUGCUCAGUGGUAGUUUCACCAAAUAUAUCGAUGUGAUUUACAGUGGGGAUGAAGUAGAUUCAGCUCUCACGGGCUUUCCUUUUUUUCUUCUUCCUUCUCUUUUCCUCCACCCGUAUCCCCCAAGGAAGAAUUGCUUUUCUCUUAAAAGGAGGAUUUGCAUCUCUGGAACCCUAUUCCCUAUAGAAUGCCUUUCUAACUGGAAGGGCACCCAGUUUCUUAGGACAAAGAGGAAAAUAUUCCCCAUCCCCCCCAAAAGGGUGGAGUUUAUGGGCCAAAAUGUGUACCCAGACAUCUCUAAGCGUACAUGGCCUGACACAGGAGGCUGCUUAGUUGAGCCUGUGAUCAGUGGGUGGAGAACAAACUUUUCAGCCCCAAACUUUGAGUGGUGUGAGACUAUAAUUAAAAACAACAACAAAAAAAACUGUUGCAUCAAGUACAGAAAGAGAAUGUGUCCAUUGAAUUUGGUGUGAUUUGUGUAAAUGGCUCAUGGCAAUGAUGUUGGGCUGCUUCCCAGGCCUGGUUGAGUCAUAGCUUAAAUACCAAAACACUAUCUUACAGCGAGUGAACAGAUGCACUUUAAAGCCACCCAAGCUUUGGCUUAAAUUGUAAUUAAUUUAUUUUAUGUACAAUAAAUUUCAUUUUAAAAGAACAGA